CGUGAUAGGCAGUCGAGCUUGGGAGGUGCUCUCGUGUUGGGAUGUAGCAAAUGUGGAAUUUAUAAUUAAUUGUUCGAGAAAUACGUUGUUAUGGAUUGGAUUAUUUAAUGUUUGAUGAUAAAACACCAUGUAAGGCUACAGUGGGUUAGGACGAGAUGGCCCCACGCGUGAGCCUGAAGUUAGUGGUACUGCUGAUGAUAGGGGUACCGUUCCUCAUCACCAUGUACCACUGGGGCCAGUGUGAUCUCAACAGGCUGGAUGACGACUUCAGGGAGGGGCAGUAUCGAGGGCCAGUUGAUAAGUUUGACUCGUCCGCUCGGAUUCCGCACAGGGAUGUAAAUGCGAUUGGCCAACCAGCAGAGGAGGGUCCCCUCCCAUAUAAGGAGAUCGAGUGUGUAGUGAAUGGUGACUAUUCCAUCAAAGGUCGACUGGAGGACAAGGAGGUGUAUCUGCCCUUCACAUUUGUACAGAGAUACUUUGAGGUUUAUGGGUCCAUUAACUCGUACGAUGGCUACGACCGAUUUGAAUUACAACACAGUUACUCCCAGAUCCAUCCGCCGAGAGACAGCUACUCACCAGAUGGUGUAUUUAUGUCCUUUGAGUUCUACAAUGUGGAGGACAGGAGACGUGUCAAGUGUAUCAGUGGGGUUGAGGGUGUACCUGUAUCUGUCCAGUGGAACCACAACGGCCACUUCUACCCGAUACAGAUCGCCCAGUAUGGUUUGAGUCACUACAGUAAACAAUUAAUGGAGCCGAGUCCACAACGUGUGAUAUUGGAGGAUGGUGAGGGUGGAGACCUAAACACCUGGCUACUUCCCGACCGCCGAUCACAGAUUGCUAUCAAGACUGACCACAACAACGAGGAAAACAACCUUAUAGAGUUUGACACCCCAGACCUUCUUAAAAAUCCAGGGAUCACAAUAUCGGUCGAGGAUCAUAACCUCAGCACGCUGUCUCUGGAUGUAAAAUUUAUCAACAAUGGCAGUGUUACUGUACUCCUACGCACCAACGAGGGCAACCUUUUCCGUAUCCAUUAUGUUUUGAGCAACACAACUAUGACCUUGGAAGACCGUGACCUCUAUUAUGGAAUUGGUUCAUUAAAGAAAGGAAAGUGGACGCAUUUGACACGUAAAGUGCUUAUUGAUUAUGACAAAGGUCAAAUUUUAAAAAUUGCCAAAAGCAAACGAGGCAAAGUGAAACUAACACCUGCUAAAAUUGUGGCCGUGUGUUUUCGCGGCCAUGGUUUUGUAGACAAUAUUACGUUAUCAUCAGAGGCCCAUUUAGACCAUUUUUUCGAUGCAGCAAAUUAUCUUGUGAAUUAUCAGGAUACCAGAGGUGGUUGGCCUAUACAGGUGACUCGUAAAAUAAUUCCAGGUAAACUGGAGCUAAAGCCGGGCUGGUACUCUGCUAUGGGGCAAGGCCAGGCAAUUUCCUUACUUGUUCGAGCCUAUAGUGUUACCAAAGACAACAAGUACUUAGAAAGUGCUGCAAAGGCUCUCGCCAUCUUCGAAAUUCCAAGCUCCGAAGGAGGAGUGUUACAAAAAUUUGCAAAUACCUAUGACUGGUAUGAGGAGUAUCCAACAACACCAGGAACUUUUGUAUUGAAUGGAUUUAUCUAUUCUCUUAUUGGAUUGUAUGAUUUGAAGGUUGUGUCUUCUGGUCAGACAGCAGAACAUGCUGCCAAGUUAUAUAACGCCGGCAUGCGGACGUUAAAAAACAUGUUACUUAUGUAUGAUAGUGGUACAGGAACAUUUUACGACCUGAAACAUAUUUCUCUGGGUGUGGCCCCUAAUAGGGCACGCUGGGACUACCAUACAGUUCACAUCAAUCAACUUCUUUUACUUAGUCUCAUUGACGACGACCCACUUUUCCAAACAACAGCCCAGCGAUGGAUGGGCUACCUCAAGGGGAAACUCUCACCUCAUAACUAAUGUUAAUGAUGAUAAUAAUGUGGGAAUUUGUUUCUUAAUUUGAUUCAAGGAAAUAUUAAACAGAUUUGAUAUUUGGAGGAUGUCAUUUGAUAUACACAUAAAAAAAAAGUCAUCUAGUUAUACAUUGUAUAAGUCAAAUGUUAUAUCUGUUAAAGGAAAAAUGUAUUUGUUAAAAAAGGAUUUAUAUACAUGUUAAAAAUGUAUAUCUUUUAAUGAAACGACUGAAAAUGAUUUAUGUUUACCAAAGAAUGUCAGUUUAAGUAAUCCAUAUAAAUCAUGUAUUUCAAAAGCUAACAAUAACAAAUUGAAAAUCUUAAUUCAUAAGGGGUAUUUGAAUGCUGGAAUAUAUUUGAUUAGAUAUUGACACAGAGAAAUGAGUGAAGACUCCAAGUGUUGAUGUGAUAACUUCCAUGGAUAUUGAACUUAAAGACUUUAUAAUAAAAGUCUAAAAUAGUUUUAAAUUUUUGUUACAUUAGCAAUUUGUUGAUUCUAAUUAUUUGCAAUAUUGAUGUGUAUAUUAUAUUUGAACUCUGUUCAGUGUUAUUGAAUAUUUGUCGCUGAAUCAAAACUAAGAAUCGUCCCAAUUCAAGCUCAUCAACGUAAUUAUAUCUACACUGGAAAUUGUUCAUUUUUCUCUUGGCGUUUUUUUUUUUUUUCUUCAUUUUCACACUUUUUUUUAAACAUAUUUGUUGAGAUAUUGCUAUGUUUUGCAGUUCAACUAAAAAAGUGCACUCGCUGACUGAAAAUAGACACUUAAGUUUAAAACUAUGAUAUGCAUGGUUAAGGAUUGGUUGUGUAUUCAUAUAUACAAGUGUAUAAGGAAUAUGAAACAUAAGUGUUAUUGAGGACUUUUUAAAGAGGUCAUAAAAAUCCAAAUAAGUUAGAUUGUCCCUAGCUAAAACUAUGAUAUGCAUGGUUAAGGAUUGGUUGUGUAUUCAUAUAUACAAGUGUAUAAGGAAUAUGAAACAUAAGUGUUAUUGAGGACUUUUUAAAGAGGUCAUAAAAAUCCAAAUAAGUUAGAUUGUCCCUAGCUAUACCUAUGGCCUAAGUCGGUAACACAGCUAUAAGCUGUUUUUCCACAUUGUCUUUCUAAAUAUAUACUGAAAGUUCCACUGUCAAGCAGUUGUUAUGAAAAUGCAAAAUGUGUUGUUAAGCUUAUAAUUAUUAUGAUUAUCUACAUUUCAAGCACCUUGAAAAUGUAACCAUGUUCUCUGAUUUUUUCCUUGAUACUGCCAAAUUAAGUUUCAGUGGACAAAAUUUCCACGCAUGCUUUAAAAUUGUUUCAAUUUUCAUUUGCUGUUGUCAAAAAGAUGCCUUGUAUGCAUCGCUACUUUUCAUUUUUGGUGCUAUAUGUUUUAAUCUGUGUCAGCUAUAGCAAUAUAUUGACAAACUGGAUUAAUUUAUAUAUAUCUUGUUUAUAUAUCAAAUCUACAAAGGAAUGGUAAAUGUAGUAUUCAGUUUCCUAUAUGAUUAUAUCAACCUCUUAGUUAUCUGUUUAUGUUGUCUUAAAAGUAGGAGUUUUAAUCUGAAUUGUAGGGCAGUUAUAUAUUAACCCAUAAAAUAGUUCCAUGAGUUGUAAUAAACCUACCUUUAUUUUGGUCUAACAGUAUUCAUGGCCCUGAAUACUUGUCCUAGAUUUAAAAAGUUUGAAGGAAAAUGUGCUGGAGAGGGGUAGAUAUUGGACAAUGGAGAAAUAUUUCAGGUUUCCGAAAUCUAGGGCAGAAUUUUUUGAUAGCUUGUAAUAUCUUGAGCCAGUUUUGGCAGUCUGAAGUCUAAUUAUAUAAGCUACACUUUAUUACUUCAGCAUAAAGGUUACUUCCCUUUGAUCUGUAUGUUACUUAUGUGAAUUACAGGUGUAGUGAUCAUGAUUUCACAUUUUUAAAGGAAAAAUGGCAAUAGUUUCUUAGAUUUUUGAAUUGUAAUUUCAUACCAUUAAAAAAAAUGAAUUUGCAUUUAUAUAGAUAUUUUUAGAUGGUUGGGUGGUCUGGAUGUAGAUACCGGUAUAUGCGUACCCUGUAAAUUUUAACCAAGCAAAACAAAAUAACACAUAUGAAAUGAAAAACCGUAGUUAUGAAAUUUUUACUGGACUGUGACUUAUGAGUUAUAACAUAUGUAGUCAUUUUACAAAUUAGAAAACAUUGUAUGUAACAUUCAGUCUUUUUUGUUUAAUCAAUAUUUUUUUUAUCUUUUGACAAUGACAAAACCAUUUUAUAUUGUUUAAAGCAGAAAGGAUUUUGAAAUAAAUGAAAUGAUUACUAUCAUUAGAUGUAAAUUUUUUCUGUUUACAAAGAUUGUACUUACCUUGAAUAUAUCCUAAGUUGACAUUUUACAACAUAUCCUUAAAUAGAAACUAGGAUUUGUAUUAUCAGAAAACUUUUAAAGAAACCCUAAUAGACACUUUUAGUCUACAAGUCAGUUUUUAAUGAGGUUAUAAAAACUUUCAGAAUUCCAGAAUUUUCCAAAAUAUUUUUUUUUAUAAAGAAAAAAAAGAGUAUUUUUAAGGUGUAAAAUUGCAUAAAAUGCAUGUAAGUAUAUUACCUAUCAUACUCAAGUAACAAGGUACUAUGUACGAGGGCUUAUAGAAGCCAAAUAUCUGUGAUGGCUGUAGUUAUAUGUGGUUGUGAUUUAUAUAUUUAAUAUUGAUAUGUGUCAGCUUUCAGUUUUUAAAUCCUGUGCUGACAUAUUGAUAAAUCAAUCAUGUGGAGUUUAGUAAGCGAGUUUAUUUUUUGUGUGAUAGAAAGGUUUGAAAUCAGAUGUGUGUGAUGUAAAGUCAUAAUAUAACAUGGUUAUAGAGAGUUGUGAGCCGAUUGUGUAUAUGAGUCCUACAUGUAACAUUGGUCAUUUUUGAUGUCUGGUCUACUCCAUAUUUGUUUUCAUUAAUCAUAUAUGUUCAUGUGUUUGCUUCAGAUAUUAUGUUAUUACAAUAUAAUUAUGACAAUCUUUUGGAUAAAUACUGGUGUAAAGUGGUGUUUAUAAACAUACAGUUUAUGUCAAUAUAUAUAUAUACAUUUAUCUUCACAACACUUUAAAUACAACAUUGUCAGACAGUGAUACAACCAUCUAAUAUAGUGAUGUACAUACAAAAUUGUCAGACAGUGAUACAACCAUCUAAUACAGUGAUGUACAUACAACAUUGUCAGACAUUGAUACAACCAUCUAAUAUAGUGAUGUACCAGCUGCAGCAUUGUCACAUGUUGCUGUAAUAUAACAUUAUUGUACUAACAUUGUACAUAAUACAAUUGUACAAUAUUGUAACACAGCAACCAUACAACAUUGUUUGAGCCACUGUGACACAUUGUUUAAAAACAUUGUACAUUGUUAUACAAUAAAAGAUGGUUAAAACACAUUGUAAUACAAUAUUGCAUCUCAACAAUCAUACAACAUUGUUAUAAACAUUGUAAUACAAUCACAUACAACCUUCUGAUACAGUAAUGUUGCACAGCAUUGUCACAUGAUAUUAUGAUACAACAUUUUGAUAAACUACAAACAAAUCAACAAUAUAACCAUUCUAUGUAUUGUGAUAUUACGACUUGUUACAUGUGUAAUAGGUGAGGUUUAUAUAUUACGACUUGUUACAUGUGUAACAGGUGAGGUUUAUAUAUUACGACUUGUUACAUGUGUAACAGGCGAGGUUUAUAUAUUACGACUUGUUACAUGUGUAACAGGUGAGGUUUAUAUAUUACGACUUGUUACAUGUGUAACAGGCGGGGUUUAUAUAUUACGACUUGUUACAUGUGUAACAGGCGGGGUUUAUAUAUUACGACUUGUUACAUGUGUAAUAGGUGAGGUUUAUAUAUUACGACUUGUUACAUGUGUAAUAGGUGAGGUUUAUAUAUUACGACUUGUUCCAUGUGUAAUAGGCGAGGUUUAUAUAUUACGACUUGUUCCAUGUGUAAUAGGUGAGGUUUAUAUAUUACGACUUGUUACAUGCGUAACAGGCGAGGUUUAUAUAUUACGACUUGUCACGUGUGUAACAGGCGAGGUUUAUAUAUUACGACUUGUUACAUGCGUAACAGGUGAGGUUUAUAUAUUACGACUUGUUACAGUGUACAUGUGUAACAGGUGAGGUUUAUAUGUUACGACUUGUUACAUGUGUAACAGGCGAGGUAUAUAUAUUAUGACUUGUUACAUGUGUAACAGGCGAGGUUUAUAUAUUACGACUUGUUACAUGCAUAACAGGCGAGGUUUAUAUAUUACGACUUGUUACAUGUGUAACAGGUGAGGUUUAUAUAUUACGACUUGUUACAUGUGUAAUAGGUGAGGUUUAUAUAUUACGACUUGUUACAUGCGUAACAGGCGAGGUUUAUAUAUUACGACUUGUUACAUGUGUAACAGGUGAGGUUUAUAUAUUACGACUUGUUACAUGUGUAAUAGGUGAGGUUUAUAUAUUACGACUUGUUACAUGCGUAACAGGCGAGGUUUAUAUAUUACGACUUGUUACAUGUGUAAUAGGUGAUGAGGUUUAUAUAUUACGACUUGUUACAUGUGUAAUAGGUGAGGUUUAUAUGAAAACAAGGAAACUUUAUAUACAACGUAGGUUUCAUGUUAUACAUACAGAAUAUAGACAAUUCUCACCUGUUACAUAUAUGUGAUACCUGUACAAAAUCUGUUCCAGAAUCAUUCCAAUUUUGUUGCUUUACAUGGUCAAUAUUUAUAAAAUUGCAUAAUAAUCAGUUGUCCGUGUACGUUAUAAAUGUGUAUACCUUGUGGAGUUUACAGGUUAAUAUAAGUAUCUUAUAAAACAUAGUGGAAAAUCUAGCUGAUGAUUCGAAAUGGUCAGGUCAAAUAACAGUAUGAAGAAUUGUCUCAUGUAAUUGAAACAGUUUUGGAAUUGUAAAUAUUAUGUUAAUUUGGUAGAAUUUCUUAAAAUGGGAAAAUAUAUUUUCAAUAUUCCUUAACUGGUACUGGAGAACCAUAUGUUUGAGAUUUUUUUAUAAUCAAAUUGUUAUAUUUCAAAUCAGUUUUAGUAAAUCCAUUUUGAAGAGGUUGUGAUAUAUAUUUUCUAUAUGAAUUCUGCUUGUGAGCAAUAACUGCACAUAUACUGUACAUGUCAGGCCCCUCAUAUGUAUUUUGCUAAUGUGAACUUUUGAAAAUAAACCAGCUGAUCAGUAUAAACCAUUAGAUAACUGUGAACAUUGUGGUCCCUCGGUAUAAGUUCACCAAGCAUGUAUAUGUGUGUUCUACCAGAUACGACUGGAUUCCUGUAGGAUUUUUUUGGAUUUUAUAGUAAAUUAACUAAUUUGUUAAAACCAAAUAAUAAAACCAUUGCAAAAGCGAGUGGAAUCGCUUUUAACUCGGGUAAGAUUGAGACCUUUUUUUGACAAUUUUCUGAAUUAUGUACUAGAGAUGUUUUUGUAUGUUUGUUGUUGUAGGCAUUGAUAAUCAUUAUUAGGGAUUAUUUCCCCAGGGUUCACGACCACCUGUCCCCUUGAUGGUUUGGUUAAACUGUCUUGCUGUAAAUGUGCAUUUUCCCUAUCAACUUGCUCAAGGAUCAUGAAACGAUCUUAAGUCUAAAACUGUGUUACAUUUUGAUGUAAUCACAAAUAAUUUAUUGAAAUGUAUCUUUUACAAGAUUGGUUUACAAAAUAUUGAUAGAUGAAGUUUAAGAUUGAUUCAUAAUCCCAGGGUCAGGUGUCUGGAUCCAAUACAUUCUGGGUAUAUUGAAAAAUUGUGAAAUAUUUUUCUUAAUUCUGCAUUUCAACAUCAGAUUUGUGUUCAAAACAGGAAAAAAAACCACUUUAUCAUUAGGGUGGAUUAUUUUGUUUCAUGGUAUAUUUUUAAAAAAUUGUUUGAUAAAAUAUAUACACCGUAGUGUAACAGCAAAUUUUCAGAAAUAAGAUUGUGUUUUGUAUGAUUAGUUUUUCCAAUUAAACCUUAGUUUAAGAGUUCAAUGGACUUGUGACAAAAUCAUGGAAAACCAGAUUAGAAAAUAUUCACAUAUUCCUCAUGUUAUUUACACCACCAUUUGAAGUGGGUGAAUGUUUUUUAAAGGCUGUACAAAAUAAAUGUAAAUAAUUACUGUGUAACUUGUUAUGAUGUACUCAUGUUUUGUGAUGCAAUAUCAUGAUAUAUUUUGUCAAAAGUUGAUGAAAUUCUGACUGUGUAUGUGUGCUUCAUACAGUGUUGUAAUAUCUGGUGUUGUACAUGUGUGAAGGCUGAAAUUUGGAAAAGUGCAUGUGUGAAACUGAGGAAGUGGAUGGUUUAUUUGUACGAGAGAUCAAAUGUAUAUGAUUGGUUGAGAUCAUUUGGCAUACAUGUAGAAUCUGCUAAUGUAUUUAAACCAGAUUCACUGAUUUCAAUAACGGAAGGAAAUUUUUUAGAAUAAAAAUUUCUAAUGCCAGUAAUGGUGUUCCAGAUUAUUGUGAAUAUACAAUACAUAUCAAUUAUCUAGUUAGAGAAACAUUUUUCUCAUUAAAUGUAAUGGCGACCCAAAAAUUCCUGUUUAUAUUGUUAUUAUACUGAAACAAAAACAGAAAAAAAACCAGCUGAAUAUUCAAAUCCAAGUGUUUUGUACUAAAGACAACCUAGUGUACGAGACAUGGUUGUUUACAGACUUUAUUGUCCUGUGAACAGCCAGGGUCCUUUUGACGUGUAAUUUGAUGAUUUUGGCUUCUGCUUGGAAAUACUGCCCUAGGUAGGAAUCCGACCUCAAAUCAAUACUGUGUAUAGUUUGGCCAGUAUUACACCAUAAUUACAUUGUAUUGAUUACAUUUAAUCUUGUAUACUAAUGAUUACAGUGACUUAAUGAGAAAUGAAACAAGUUAUACUGUACAUGUACAUCUGCUGUGUAUUAUUGUAUGUACGUGUGAAAGAGUUCAUGAGGAGUGGUUUUGUAUGAUGUGUCGAGUCCUAAAGCAUGGUGGUGUUGAAUGUCCCGUAUGAAUGUUAAUCAUCGCUAUAUGGAUCUCGUGGAGAUUAUGAAUAACAAAUAUGAAAAAUGCAAACAAAUAACUGGAAAAAAAUCAAUAAAACAUAAUUCCAAAAA